GCUUUUUAGCGGUUGCUCCGGACUGCCCUGCUGUGCUGCGGGCUGGACCGUGCGGACUUGCUCUUUGUUCUGCUCUCCGGGCCGUUAGGUUUCUUUUUUUCUCCAGGAGGAAAAAAUGGCGUCAGUUGCAAUUGACCCACAACCGAGCGUGGUGACCAGGGUGGCCAACUUGCCCUUGGUGAGCUCAACCUAUGACCUGGUGUCCUCGGCUUAUAUCAGUACAAAGGACCAGCAUCCGUAUUUGAGAUCUGUGUGUGAGAUGGCGGAGAAGGGCGUGAAGACCGUGACCUCGGUGGCUGUGACAAGUGCGCUGCCCAUCAUCCAGAAGCUGGAGCCACAAAUUGCUGUUGCCAAUACCUACGCCUGCAAGGGGCUCGACAGGAUCGAGGAGAGACUGCCUAUUCUGAAUCAGCCUACUGCUGAGAUUGUUGCCAAUGCCAAAGGUGCUGUGACUGGGGCCAAAGAUGCAGUGACGACCACUGUGGCCGGGGCCAAGGAUUCUGUAGCCAGCACUCUCACGGGGGUGGUGGACAAGACCAAGGGAGCAGUGACUGGCAGCGUGGAGAGGACCAAGUCUGUAGUCAACGGCGGCAUCAACACGGUUUUGGGGAGUCGGAUGGUGCAGCUCGUGAGCAGCGGGGUAGAAAACGCACUUGCCAAGUCGGAGCUCCUGGUAGACCAGUACCUCCCUCUCACUCAGGAAGAGCUAGAGACAGAAGCAAAAAAGGUGGAAGGAUUUGAUAUGGUUCAGAAGCCAAGUUACUAUGUAAGAUUGGGGUCCCUGUCCACCAAGCUCCGCUCCCGGGCCUAUCAGCAGGCUCUCAGCAGGGUUAAAGAUGCCAAACAGAAAAGCCAGGAGACCAUUUCUCAGCUUCAUUCCACUGUCCGUCUGAUUGAAUUCGCCAGGAAAAACAUGCAGGGUGCCCAGGAUAAGCUCUCUGUCUCGUGGGUGGAGUGGAAGAGAAGCAUGGGCUACGAUGACACUGACGAGUCCCACUGUGCUGAGCACAUCGAGUCACGUACUCUGGCUAUCGCCCGCAACCUGACUCAGCAGCUCCAAACUACGUGCCAGACUCUCCUGUCCAACGUCCAAGGGUUACCACAGAAUGUCCAAGAUCAGGCCAACCACUUGGGGGUGAUGGCAGGCGACAUCUACUCAGUGUUUCGCAAUGCUGCCUCCUUUAAGGAAGUGUCUGACGGCUUCCUCACUUCCAGUAAGGGGCAGCUGCAGAAAAUGAAAGAAUCCUUAGAUGAUGUGAUGGAUUACCUUGUUAACAACACGCCUCUCAACUGGCUGGUAGGUCCCUUUUAUCCCCAGUCUACCGAGUCUCAGAAUGCAGAGGUGGACAAGACCAGCCAGAAGGUCCAGCAGCCUGAGCUCAAAACUCACUAAACCUGUCCUUGUCACCAGUGCAUGAUGUCAGCCAGGUGAUGCCUUUUGCUAGUUUGAAAUUAACCCAAUAGAUGACUUUAGGUUGGAAAAGGGGCUAGUUCAGACAAAGGUCCUCAUUGUGGUCAUCAGUGGCUGAAUUAAGAGCUCUAAAGAUGUGGCAUUGCCACGUGACUUUGCCCCCCUGGCUGGGAAGUGGAACAUGUUAGGCACGUGAGAGCCUACCAGAACUUAAAAGCCCAGGGGUACUUACACGUUGUCUGUGGCCUUUGUGCUAUUGGCUGUAAAUGUCUGUCUGUACUGAAUAAAGAUUCAUCUGUGUGGCUUCAUU